ACCGUUGGGUAGCUACCUCCCGCCAUUGCUGUGAGCUUAAUACGCACUUUUCUUAGUAUAUUAUUUUAUUUUCUGGGCAGACCCCACAAAAAGACGACUCUUUUUAUUUCUGUAAGAAAGAAACAUAAGCAGAGAUUUGGGAUCUGUGACAGUGACUCCACUUAAUAUAUAGACCAAAAAACUCACCAUAAAUACAUCACAAAUCUUUCUUUUGGUGCUUUUUUCAGCCCUUUUUAGUUGAAGCUUCUAUCAAUUAUCAAUUUUUCUUGGAAAGUUCUAAUUUUUUAGGCAUGGAUAGCAGCAGCAGAAGCUGGUGGAGGAAUUAUGAAGGCAUAUUGAGGAGCUUUUACCCUUUGUUGUUGGGUCAAAUGGUGUCUUUUGUUAUGGCCCUUAUGAGUUUCACUUCUUCUCUAGUUGCAAAUCUUGGUGCAAAUACUCCACUUUCCCUGUCAUUCUUUUCUUAUACAGCAUUAGCAUUGGUGUAUGGAGGCAUCAUGAUUUACCGGCGGCAGAAAUUAAGGAUUCAUUGGUAUUGGUAUGCCCUUUUAGGCUUUGCUGAUGUCCAGGGAAAUUUUCUUGUAAAUAAAGCAUAUCAGUACUCCUCGAUCACCAGCGUGACGAUACUGGAUUGCUGGACAAUAGCUUGGGUGAUACUUCUGACAUGGCUAGUUUUGGGCACACGAUAUUCUCCUUGGCAAUUCUUGGGUGCAGCAGUCUGUUUAGCUGGUCUCGGACUUGUGCUUCUGUCGGAUGCUAACGCGAGUAGUGGAGGUGGUUCAAAACCUCUUCUUGGCGAUAUAUUUGUGAUCAUCGGGACACUUCUCUUUGCAAUGAGUAAUGUCGGCGAGGAGUUUUGUGUCAAAAAGAAAGAUCGUAUUGAAGUGGUUUCCAUGAUUGGUCUUUUCGGGUUGCUUGUUACUUUAAUUGAGAUACCAAUCUUGGAAAGGAAGAAUCUGGAAUCAGUCAAGUGGUCCGCGGAGAUUAUAUUAGCCUUCUGUGGCUACGCGACCGCAAGCUUUAUGUUCUACACCUUGGUUCCCUUUCUUCUUAAGAUGAGCGGAUCAACGUUGUUUAAUCUAUCUCUACUCACAUCUGAUGUGUGGGCAGUUGUUAUCAGAACAUUUUUCUACAAGCAGAAGGUUGAAUGGCUGUACUUCGUAGCUUUUGCACUUGUGGUUACGGGGCUGAUCAUAUACUCAAAAACCGCGAAGGAUCCUGUUAGUGCACCAGCUAUAGAAGAAGCAAAUGCAGAUCAAAGACGACAACUUCUUAAUGAAGAUGAAGAGUGCGCCGAUCACAGACAUGAUGCAAUUGCUUCAUGAGCUGUAUAAAGAAAGAUACAUUGGUAUUUCAUGUAUCCACAUAUUAAAGCAUCAGAAAUAAGUUCUCUUUAGUCUAAACCAUUUGUCACUUUGCAUCUUGAUCUUUAUUUUGAUAAUUUGCCCUGGGGAGGUGCGAGAGGUUGACAGUGAUAGGUCUAAGGAGAGGUAGAUUUAGACCGAAGAAUUGGAGUAGGGUGAUUAGACAGGACAUGUCAAUUCAUCAAGGACAUGAACCUAGAUAGGCGAGCAUAGAGGUGGAGAAUUAGGGUAAAAGGUUAGUAGUGAGUGGAGCAAUUUCUCUCUAGUUUAGAGCACCUUAUUUGCUCCUUUUUCUCCUUGUUGUUUUUUAUACUUUGGGUAUCAUUAUUAUUUUGCUGUCAUUA